AGGCGCGACGCGAACCACGUGAUGCUGGCUAAUCAUUUUCACUUUGGAUCAUAUUUAUUAAAAAGUAGUGUUUAACUAUUUUCUUGAUAUUGGUCAAUGGCGAAUCACCUUAAACUCACGUGACGCUGUAAUAUUAGAUCAUAUUUUAGGAAAGUGGGGGACGUUUCCUAGUUCAUUCAUUCAUUCAUUCAUUCAUCAGUCUGAGAUGGAGAUGUGGAGGGAGGAGGGUCAGUGGCACCCUAUCUUAAAGUUCAAGAUUAGCUCACUGUGACUUCAAGAUCCCUGCUGCUGUGUACUUUGUUUCCCAAACUGUAAAUUAUUGAUUACUCACUGAGAUUCUGUCUCAAGGCUCAGACAUGAAUCAGUCCACAGACGAGACGCAAGAUGCCUCAGGAGCAGGACAGGACUCUCUGCUAUAGAAUAAGAGAAGGACUGACUAAAUGGAGGGAUAUUUUCACAUGGCAACUGUUUAAAACUCUGCUGAUGGGACAAGGCCUCUCAGCACUGAUCUGUGGGACUGCUGUAACAUCUCAGUAUCUGGCGUCCGUUUACUAUCUGAAUACACCCAUGCUGCAGAGCCUUAUUAAUUACAUCCUUCUGGGCAUCACUUACACCACUGCACUGAUCUUCAGACGAGGUGAUGGCAAUAUUUUACAAAUAUUAAAGACAAAAUGGUGGAAGUAUCUAUUGUUAGGACUGACAGAUGUGGAGGCAAAUUACGCAGUGGUGAAAGCAUAUCAGUACACCACAUUAACCAGCAUACAGCUGCUGGACUGCUUUAUUAUCCCGGUUUUGAUGAUCUUGUCCUGGUUCUUCCUGAAGACCCGCUAUAGGAUCAUUCACUAUGUAGCAGUGUGUAUUUGUCUGGCUGGGGUGGGAGCCAUGGUGGGAGCGGACAUCCUCGCUGGCCAGGACCAGGGAUCUUCAAGUGACAUUCUCCUCGGUGACGGUCUGGUUCUAGUCAGUGCCACUCUGUAUGCCAUCUCUAAUGUGUGCCAGGAAUACACAGUGAAGAAUCUGAGCAGGGUGGAGUUUUUGGGCAUGGUCGGCCUCUUCGGGUCAAUCAUCAGUGCAAUACAACUAGCGAUUCUUGAACAUAAUGAAGUGUCUAAAAUUCAGUGGACAUGGGAAAUUGCUCUUAUCCUGGUUGGAUAUGCGCUCUGCAUGUACGGCUUCUAUAGCUUCAUGCCUGUGGUGAUAAAGAUGAGCAGUGCCACAGCGGUCAAUCUUUCCUUACUCACUGGAGACCUCUUCAGCCUGUUUUGUGGGCUCUUUUUGUUCCAAUAUGCUUUCUCAGGACUGUAUAUUGUGUCAUUGGUGGUGAUCCUCGUUGGUUUCAUCAUGUUUAACACCGUCCCUACCCUGAACCCAGCUCUUGCCCCGGCAUCUGAUGAGGAAGGGUGGGACAAUCACGCCGCUGAGUUUGAUAAGGACAGCACUCAAGGCUGUGUGGAUGAGAUAACCUGUGCACAAGCAGAGCAAGACCAAAUCAAGAGCCAAGUGAAUGAAAGGCAGACUUCAUGUGUUGUUAUAAACAGUGUUAAAAUGUAGUUUUGUUAAAUCUGUUAAAACAGAACAGAACUUAGUUUUUUGUUAUUAUAUUUUAAUAGUGGUUUAUGUUGAUACAUCAAAUUAAUAAACUGUAUUUGUGUUUCAAGGAAGUAAUUGUUAAGAGUAUAUGACAUAAAUGUUCUUAUCUCAUGACAUCAGAUAACUGAAUAAUAAAUAUCAGUUUGUUUGACAACAGUGAUAUACAGGUGCAUCUCAAUAAAUUAGAAUGUCAUGGAAAAGUUCAUUUAUUUCAGUAAUUCAACUCAAAUUGUGAAACUCAUGUAUUAAAUAAAUGCAAUGC